UUUCAACAGGAAGAACUGCUGUCCUCUUUCAAAACACACCGGAGUGGUGAUUUGAACGACGGUGGAUGUUUUUAACACACUGGUGCGUGUAUGUCGGUUUAACUAACACCGAGCUCCAGGCUGCCACGGUAGCCUACCAGUACUCCAAAGAUACACCAUGGCUUGGACAAAAUAUCAGUUGUUUCUCGCUGCGUUGAUGCUCUCAACUGGAUCCCUCAACACAUUAUCUGCAAAAUGGGCUGAUAUGUUCCAUGCUCCAGGAUGUGGAGAUGUCCCAGAUCACACCUUCUCUCAUCCAUUCGUACAGGCAGUGUGUAUGUUCUUGGGGGAACUGUCCUGUCUGGCUGUGUUCUACCUGCUGCUGUGUCAUGACCGGAGGUCCCCUGAGCCCACAAUGGACCCAGGCCAGAGCUUCAACCUCCUGCUUUUUCUCGCACCAGCCAUGUGUGACAUGACCGGCACCUCCAUCAUGUAUGUGGCUCUGAACAUGACGAGCGCCAGCAGCUUCCAGAUGUUGCGUGGUGCUGUCAUCAUCUUCACGGGGCUCCUGUCCGUGGCCUUCCUGGGCCGCAAGCUGCAGCCGAGCCAGUGGGUGGGCAUCCUCUUAACCAUCCUGGGCCUUGUGCUCGUCGGCCUGGCCGACUUCAUCGGCAAGGACCACGACUCCUCGCACAAGCUCAGCGAGGUCAUCACAGGUGACCUGUUGAUCAUCAUGGCUCAGAUCAUUGUGGCUGUGCAAAUGGUCCUCGAGGAGAAAUUUGUCUACAAGCACAACGUGCACCCUCUCAAAGCUGUCGGCACAGAAGGCCUCUUUGGUUUCUUGAUCUUGUCGCUGCUGCUGAUCCCCAUGUACUUCAUCCCCGCGGGCAGCUUCGGCCAGAACCCCCGCCAGGUGCUGGAGGACGCGCUGGACGCCUUCUGCCAGAUCGGACGGCAGCCGCUCGUGCUGCUGGCGCUCUUCGGCAACACGCUCAGCAUCGCCUUCUUCAACUUCGCCGGCAUGAGCGUCACCAAGGAGAUGAGCGCCACAACGCGCAUGGUGCUGGACAGCCUGCGGACAGUGGUCAUCUGGGCGGUGAGCCUGGCGCUGGGCUGGGAGGUGUUCCACGGCCUGCAGGUGCUGGGUUUCCUGGUACUGCUACUGGGGACCAUGCUCUACAACGGCCUGCACCGCCCCCUGCUGGCCCGGAUACCGUGCUGCGCACACCUGGCAGGGAGCCAGGAGGAAGCGGGAAGUGACGCGGAGAGGGAGCGGCUGGUGACGGAGAGCUAACUGCUAACAGCUAACGGGGGUUAAAAAGGGAGGUGAAAAAAAGGGAGGUUGUUUUUGUUUGUUAAAUGGAUUUCUACCACUACCUGUAGAGCAAAAGCAUUACAUGUUUUACAUCAUGUUCCGUGACAUGACAUGACAUAACACAUAAAGGGAUAAUGUACUGGGGAACAAGUGUAAUUUAAGAUGACAAUAGUUUAAAAAAUUCCAUAAACAAGGAAUAUGUACUUUUAUUUUUGUUGGAAUGUACAUUUUAUAUAUGAUGGAGUUAACACCAUGUACUCAUACCAUGUAUUUGUGCCAGUAAAUGAUGUGUAGACCUUUUUUACAUGGUACUAUAGUACAAGGGUUCUCAAACAUUUGUGGGCCGGGGACCCCUCAUGGAGGGGAAAAUUCUCCAAGGACCCCUCAUAAUCGCAACACAUAAAAACUUAAGUUAAUCAUGUAGCUGUAUAGCCUUUUUUUCCUGUUAAAUGCUUUUUUUCUGUUAGAUUUAUUUUAAAAACAUCGAGUGCUAAUACCACAAUAGUCAUGUUGGCAAACUUUGACAGUAUGUAGGAUUUUUUUUAAAGGAUUGUUGUUUCUUUAUCAAAUGUAAGCCUAUUGUGUUGAACACAUAGUGUUUGCUUCACAUAACUUUCAUUUUAUUGGCGGUUAAUUAAUAGUAAAGUGUUUUAACGUAUUGAUGUAACGUAUCAGCAGAUCAAUUGGGCAAAUACUGAUACUGUAGCAUUUUUCGCCAUUUAAGACAAUUUCAUAUUUUGUAGCAAACUUUGUCAGGGACCCCCUGACAAUGUGCUGCGGACCCCACUUUGAGAACCAAUGCUAUAGUAGAUCAUGAACUUCAGGUGUUCAUAGUAGCAAAAUUCACUUGCACUGUCUGUAAACAUGAAGUGAGUACCAUACCGUAAGGCCUUGGAAAGGCAUGGCUGUUAACGUGUUUGAGAGUUUCUUUGGGAAUUGCUCUUCUUAUGCAAUUCUUGUUUUUGCCAAACACAAAGAUUUACAUGGUGCAGUGUCUAGGAGAUAAUGAAUGGCCUGUUAUGAUGGUAAACAGUGGCUUGAUGUCUCUGUACCUCUUUGUAUCUGUUCCAACAGCCAUUAUCUCCACAAAGAGUAAAUGGAUGCAAGAACAAUCAGAGUGCUCAGUCUAGCGUGCAUGCUUGCCAGCUUUUUUUAAUCAAUGUCCCUCUUUUUCAAGUGAAUUUCAACCAAUUAAAGGUUCUUGCCUCA